GACAUGGCUGCCACUCCAUAAGUGUGGCACAACCGAGCGACUCUGUCAAGGGAGAUAGAGGGCCCGCUAAGUGCUCCGUUACGGCGGUGUGGGUCAAGAUACAGCCUUUCUUUAACUGGUGAAUCAAACUUACAUCCUCCUCUUCGUUGGUGACAACAAAAACAGUCUCACUCAAUCAGAGGGCCUGCCAACAGUCUCAAGGACAACUAUUUACUGUAGACUUAACAACCACCACCACCACCAUGAGCGUAUUUCCUUCGUCGCCUGGGUGGUUCGACGCCUCCCGGAUGAAGCCAUUCCCCACCCAGUACGAGGAACUCAAGAACCCUGCACAUCAAGACGUGUUAUACAUGGGCUGGAUCGCCGCCUACCUCACUCUCUUCGUCUCUUUCUGCCUCUGCGUCAUUCCAGCGACUCAAGGAAAAAAGGAGAUGGUCUACCACUUCAUUCGUGUCACGGCGGCUCUGGGUUUGGGUUUGGUGAUAAUGGCUUGUAACUUCGGCCAGAACUGGGAGGAAGGACAGGUGGACACUUUAACCCCUUAUAAGGCUGGCUCGGGAGCAGAGAUAGAGGCUCGAGUGGGAGUCAAGUUAGGACUUCGCUCUGUAAACAUAACGCUCAAAGCCCUGAAGGAACCUGAAGAGGACUUGAAGGGGGAAGAGAUCGACUACAAUGAAAGGUUUUCCUGGGAGUGGGCCCAGGGAAGAGCUGGCUUUGGACCCUUCGCUGGGGAGAUGCAGCGUAACUUCCGCGCGGCACAACAAAAAGGCCUCCCCCUUCCUAUCUUGUGGGUGGCCGAGUACUUCACCUUCGACGGAGAGGGCAUCCGCUUCGGCCGUUUCUACCGCACCUCUGGCUGGUACUCCCACAUCUUCAUCUGGUUAUCAUUCGCGUUGUGGAUCCUGACACUGAUUCUGUUCAAGAUGGUGAUCAGUUACGGGGCGAUCUUCCUCUUCAUGACCGGCUCUUCCCUCACUAUCUCAGCCCUCAUAUGGUCUAGCAACAGGAAUUUUAUUGAAUUAGCGGUGCCGUUUACCCCUCCUAACGGCAUUUUGAGGACCACUUAUGGCAUCCACUGGUACCUGGCACUAGUGACGGGUGUCCUCUGCAUGGCGACAGGUGUAAUUAUCUGGGGUCUCUCUUACUUAUUCCCUGAUCAAGUGAAAGAGGUUUUCGGCAACGUCUUGACCAUCGAAGACCAGGAGAUAAUAGAGGUGUCAAACGAGGCUCAGUCAACCGGUGACAUAGAGAUGAGGCCAAUGGAUACGACAUCUCGCCAGCAGGGGCGGAUUGUGACGCUGUUGAAGCCAAGGGGGACCCGCUUCGGGUACAGCAAGAAAAUCAACUACACAUCCUUCAGGAACUCGGACGUCUACGAUAAUGUAGACUCUACUAUCUCGCGUGCGGGAUAUUCUCGAUACCAAGGGAACUUAGAAACACACCCAAAUCCAGGCUAUGAACCCGAAAACCUAACGCUCGGACCCUCACAAGCCUACCAACCGUAUCCAAGCUAUCAACAAGGGGGCGUGGAGGUCGAUCAGUACCCAGGCUCACAGGGCCAGUACCCAGGCUCACAGGACCAGUACCCAGGCUCACAAGGCCAAUACCCAGGCUCACAGGACCAGUACCCAGGCUCACAGGACCAGUACCCAGGCUCACAGGACCAGUACCCAGGCUCACAGGACCAAGCUUACAACCAGGACCAGACCGCCAAAGACCAAGAUGAUGAUGAAGAUCUAUAUGUGAACUUGCCUCAACGUGGAGCUCCACCACGUCCCCCAAAGUCAAAACAUAUGUACUAAGAAAACACCAACCAGUCCAUAUUCCAAGGUUGCCUGGGCCUUACUGCACAAAGAGUCUGCAUAUACAUUUGUUCUUAAUCAGUCAGUGGAACACGAACAAAGAAGCAACGUCUCACGAGCUUCUUCAGGCAAACAAAUACUGUAAAACGCAAGAGAAGCUACUAAACAUAAUGAGAUUCAUCGGUAACCGAAGAAUAUUUUAAUGAUAGCAGAAGUUGAAUUGUCUCUGAGAAAUCAAAUACAACGGACAAAAACCCGAAAAAUAAAAGCUGUUUUGAUUCAAGAAAGAAAUUAAGAUACAUUACUGCUUUCUAGUAAACCAGUUGGUUUCUCUGUAUUUGCAAGGAAAACUGAAGAAACGUCCCAAAGGAAAGCUUUAAAAGCAUGAAUUCCUUCAAGCAUUCACAUAAAAAAGAAGAAAAAACAUCAAAAAGAAAUAGCUUCAAGUCCUCAGAGAAAAUAGAGGAAACUUUGGAAAAAGAGAGUAAACGUUUUUACAGAUCAGAAAAUGGAGGGGGAAUGUCUGUACGUAUUUUAUUUACCAGACAACAAAGUGAACCACAAACACUCCAAGAAAAUGAAACUGAUUUAUUAUUACAGAAAAAAACAAGGAAACUAGAAAGUAAGAGUUUUUUCUCGCAGUCAGAGAAAAUAAAGCAAACAGACGAAAGGAAAUCAACCCUUUUAUUGAAAUCAAAGACUGCAGAACAAAAGCAUCACAAGAAAUGCCACAUCACAAAGUCCAUACUAGGCGAACUAUCUUCGAAUUUAAAGUUCUAUCUAAAUAGAUUCGUUUUAUUCUUGAGUACAAUUCUUCACUACCUAUCCAUAUCAAUCGUCAUCUUUUGGCAUAGCCUCAACACUACCCUGAAGACCGCGGCUACUCGCGUAAUAGUAAUGAGCAAAGCAUUAGUAUCCAUGUUAAUCGCAGUAACACCAAAGAAAGUCGUAAAACACGCCAUGAUCUACAUCUGCUACGCUAUUCCCCAGCUAAGAUUUCGGGCAGUCUUGUUACGUUUCAUCAAUUCCUCCCCAUCACACGUCACCAAGAGAAUAAUUAGUAUUUACCUGAAAAAAGUUUCGCUACGUGUAAUGACCUGGCAUGCCCACCUUUCCCUAGGGAGCAGCUCUUUGAAGAAGAUCGCCAUGAACUUUGGUCAUAUCCUUCGCCUGCCUAAGACUCUGAUGGAGACGUUGUUCUUGGCGGCUGCGAGUCUGUUGAAGUUUCUUUCGAGAUCCCUGAAUUUUUUUAGGGGUGACGUAGCCCAUUUGACCAAGACGAGGUCAUUCACCUGGUCCUGGAAACGGAGAAGUGGUCACAGGAAUUCGUUAAGUAGUGGUGAAGAAUCUGGAAAUUUGAAGUAAAACCUCUAUCAUGUAAAGUGAUAGAAAAGGAACCAAAAUUUUUUUUUACGAACUGAUUAAAUUUGGAAAAAAUAUUUAAUUAAAGAAUGUAAGAAAUUGAAGCAAUACUGUAAUUAAGAGACGGAUCUGUUUUGCUGUAAGGGAAUUAUGAUUAAAAAAAAUAAGUAUUUAUUGUAUGAACCUAGUUCCUACAUCUGCAUUUUGGAGUAACUGAAUUACUAGUAAAACUUUAUACGAUUUCUUACCAAUCCCCUGUACUACGUACGUUACCCAUUUGCGUUUUGCAAUACUUUUGUAAAACAUAUCAUCAUUGGUCUCCAUAUUUUCUUUUAUCUUUCUCUGCAUAUUGACCACGUUGUUGAACUUAAGUACAUUUUGGCUUAAGUCAAAAUCCAUUUAGCCGUUGGUCACUUUGAAUGUGUUAAGUUAGAAUGGCCAGUAAAAUAAAAAUAUGUAUAAUGAUCCGAUCCUGUUAACUGGGAGAUAAAAAUAAUACUAUAAUGAAAUUAUUCACUGUGGUUAAUAUUGAGCUACUGAUUAUAUUUCUAUAAUAAUCAAUAUAGCCGUUUAAUCAAUUAUUCACAAUAUACAAUUAAUUAAUAUUU